UUCCCCAGUUACUGAAGAAACAAAACCUCGCCGGGAACUGGACUCACCGGAAAAACAUGUCAUCAGUGUCAUCCUUCCGGUAAUCUCUUUAAACCCAUAAAACUUCCAUUGUAAAAAUCUCAGCUUUAUUCUCAAAUGUCGACUCAAAAGUUUUACCAAACUGCAAAACAACUUUUUUCCAAAAAACCAAAUGAAGAAAUUGCUAAAUUGAUCUCCAAUACUCUGAUAAAUUUCAGUUCUACAAAGGAAAUCCCCCCAUCUCUAACUUCCUACCUUAAUCCCCAAGUAAUCCAUCUUGUUUUUUCAAACCCAUCUGUCCCUACACAAUCUUGUUUAAGUUUCUUCAAAUUUCUCCAAAAAAAUCAAUCUUUCGAAAGACCCAAUCUUGAAUCACAUAUAGCCUUGUUUUUGCGAUUGUUUAAAGCCAGGAAAUUUGCUGAAGCCAAAAGUAUAUUGUAUACUGUUGCUUCUGAUGAUAGUUUAAGGAAACCAGUUUCAGAAAUAGCUUCUCUUUUGGGUGAGAAUCAUGUAGAACACAUAGUUAUGGGGAAGAUGUUUGACAUGUUGUUUAGGGUUUAUGUUGAUAGUAUGAGGUUUAAGGAAGCUCUUGAGGUUUUUGAGUAUAUGAAGAAUGGUGGGUUUGAAAUAGAUGAUAGAUCUUGUAUGGUUUACUUACUUGCUAUGAAAAGGCGAAAACAGUAUGACUCGCUGGUUGAGUUUUUCGAGAUGAUGGUUGAAUUUGAUGUGAGAAUUACGGUGUAUUCUAUGACAAUGGUAAUCGACGGGUUGUGUAAAGUAGGAGAGGUUAGCAAGGCAAGAAAACUCAUGGAUGAAAUGGUUAGUAAAGGGGUGAAACCAAAUGUGUACACUUACAACACAUUAUUAGAUGCUUGUAUGAAGAAGCCAGAUUUUGUGGCUCUGAAGGAGAUUUUGAUGGCUAUGGAGAAAGAGGGAUUGGAUCUUGAUGUGACGAGUUAUACUCUUCUGAUUGACGGGUAUUGUAAUAUUGGCAAUCUUAAAGAGGUUGAGAGGUUGUUUAGGGAAAUAGAAGGGAAAGGCAUAGAGCCAGAUGUUCAUUUAUACACCUCUAUGAUUAGUGGUUGUAGUAAGUUAGGUAACGUCAAAAAAGCGUUUUCAUUGUUUGAUGAAAUGGUGGAGAUGGGUCUUGUUCCGAAUGCUCACACAUAUGGAGCUUUGAUAAAUUGCUUGUGCAAGGCUGGACAGAUGCAAGCUGCUGAAGUUUUACUUAAUGAGAUGCAAAGUAAGGGGAUUGAUAUAGGUCCAGUUAUAUUUAAUACAAUGAUGGAUGGUUACUGUAAGCAAGGUAAUAUAGAUGAAGCAUGGAGGCUGCAAAAAAUUAUGGAGGGCAAAGGGUAUGAAUCUGAUGUAUAUGUUUAUAACAUAAUUGCUACUGGAUUGUGUAAGUUAGAUCGGUGCGAGGAAGCAAAGACGUGGUUGUUCUCAAUGGUGGAUCGAGGUGUAGCUCCAAACGAAGUUGCUCAUACAACUUUGAUCAGUAUUUAUUCUAAGGAAGGAAAUUUUGUUGAAGCAAAAAGGACACUUCGUGAGAUGGAAACAAAAGGAGUUAAGCCUAAUACGGCAACGUACAAUACCCUGAUAGAUGGUUAUUGCAAGAAGGGUAUGAUGAAGGAAGCAUAUAAGCUAAAGAAUGUUAUGGAAUGUAAAGGCCUGAAACCUGAUCUCUAUACAUACACCUCACUUGUACACGGGGAAUGCAUAUCAGGAAAGGUAGAUGAUGCUCUGAAACUUUUCAACGAGAUGCCUCGAGAAGGUUUAGUUCCAAAUGUGGUGACUUACACAGCAAUGAUUUCUGGCUUAUCGAAAGAGGGCAGAUCAGAUGAAGCCUUCAGAUUAUAUGAUGAGAUGAUAGAGGCAGGACUUACACCUGAUGCUAGCGCAUAUUCUGCUCUCGUGGGCAGUCUUCAUGGUUGACGUUUAUUUAGUAUGUGAAGUUGCUCUAGGGACUUGUAAUCGUAAACAUCAAAAGUAAAUCAAAUUUAGCUAAUUGGAGCUAUAACAGAUUGUUCAAUAUAUCCACCAGAUGUUUUAUAUAAAGGAAUUUAUAGCAGGA